AUGCCCUACACUUUGCACCACUACCCGUCUCGUCUGGUGCAGUCAUGCAUGACGAGAAGUCUCCACACCCAGCCUUUUAGCAAAGGUAAUAAAAAAUCUCGAAAGGAUUUGCGAAAGGCGGCCAAGACAGAGAAGAAGGAGAAUGCACGACUUCAUCACAUUCGUAAUAAGACUGCCCAUGGACAGCAAGUCAUGGAGACAGCCAAGCGCGUCGCCGUAGAAAAAGAGAGGGAAAAGCAAGCAACGGAAUUCGAAGAACUAGACAAAAAGCUUAAAACGGAGAAAAAGGCUGCAGAACUGAAGAGGAAACCCAGAGUUACUUGGGACCUGCCCGCGGACACAGAAUCGCCGAAAAAGAAGCGGAAAUUACAGUUGAGCACAACGCACACUGAAAUCGAGGACGAGGACAAGAAUGAUGAAGACGUACAAAUGAUGAAGGACAUGGCGAAAAACCUUGGUUUUACACAUGGCGGAUCAUUGCCCAAGGGCUUUGCAGAGGAUGGCCUAGAUUGGCUUAUGAAUGGUGGUGGUUCGGAUGAGGACGAGAAGGGUGCUGACUACAACAACGAUCUGGAUGACGACAUCAGCAAGCGCGAAGAUGAUGCAGAUAGCCAGGAUAAAGGGGGCGACAGCGACGCAGUAGAUGCUAAUGAAGCAUCCCAGGCGAAUGCGCAAAGUGCGAAGAAGCUACAGAACAUCACUGUUGCGAAGAAUGAUCCAAAUUCAAACUUUUUUCAAAUGUUGAGCGAUUCGAAACUUGUAACUCUUUCUGGGGAGGGUGUAGACGAAAGAAAGUCGACGAAGAGGAAAGAGGACGUCUUAAAUUCAGAAGAUGAGGAUGACAGAAUAAUCCGGGAAAUGGAGAAGAAACUGGGUAUCAAAAAUAAAGAAGGCAGCAAACUACCGACGAAAUUUAAGGAAGAAGGUCUAUCGUAUAUACUAUACGGGUCUGAUGAAGACGAAUACCUGGACGAUGUUAGUGAAGAGGAGAGCGCGGCUAGUGAAGCUGAGAAUGAAGAGCAAUUCGGGGACGAUGAUGACGUGGAGGAAAUAGUUGAAGAUCCCUCAGCCCAGGUGAAUGACAAUAAGUCAUCAGAGGAGAACUCUGGUUCUGACGCCUCAGAAGAUGAGAAAGAAGAUGUCUCGGAAGCUGACAAUGCAGACGAAACCUCAACGGCGAUUCCUGAAGCUGUGGCAGAGUCAGCGCCGUCAAAGUAUGUCCCGCCGCAUUUGAGGAAAAAGCAAAGCAACGAGAAACUAAUCCAACUGCAACGGAAAGUGAAAGGACAACUUAAUCGACUGAACGACACUACUUUUACGACAACUGUGAAUGAAAUUGAGAAGCUAUAUUCGGUCUCUGCUCGAAGGGAUAUGCACGACACAAUCACAGAACUGAUGUUGGAAGCUCUGAGAUUUGAAAGUCGUCACUCUGAUCGCCUGAUGGUUACGUACGGUUCCUUCGUUGCUGCUGUCCAUGGUGUUGUUGGCAUCGAAUUUGGAGCUUGCUUCAUUGCCGCGCUCGUCGAGAAGUUUGAAACUUGCUAUGUACAAGUGAAAGACAGUGAUCCGUCCGAGCAGUCGACCAAAGAGCCCGCUAAUUUAAUGUCCAUGCUGGCGUAUCUGUAUCUCUUCAAGGUGGUAUCCCAUCGCAUAGUCUUUGACUACUUAUCAAUUUUCAUUGAGAGCUUUAGCGAAUUAGAUGUGGAGCUGGUGUUGCACUUCCUGAAAAUUGUGGGCCGCAAUCUCCGAGAGGACGAUCCAGGACUGUUGAAAGAGCUGAUUCUCAAUGUACAUGAGAAGGCGAGACGCAGAAACGCUGAUGGCGACGCGGCAGAGCGCAAAGGCACGCGUGUGCAGUUUAUGGUUGAAAUGAUCAAUGAUCUGAAGAACAACCGCAUGCGUGGCGUUGUGAAUGACGAGGUCGCGCACUUGAUCACCACGUUGAAGGGUAAUUUGCGAGACAUCGGCAAGACUAGGGAUAACACUAGUAGCGCUGGUGGACGCAACAUGUUGACAGUAGGUCGUGACGAUCUGCUAAAUGCCCAUGAAAAGGGACGGUGGUGGCUCGUGGGAACUGCCUGGACUGGCAAAGGGGAAGCUCCUGCACGCGAGUCUACACUACUCCAAUCAAGCGGAACGAUGGAUGGAUCAAGUGUGGAGACCACGAAACUGCUAGAGCUAGCACGUGCACAACGGAUGAAUACUGAUGUCCGACGUAGUAUUUUCUGUGUUGUGAUGGGGAGUGUAGACUACCUGGAUGCAUUCGAGAAGCUACUCAGGCUGGGACUGAAGGACAAACAGGAACGAGAGAUCGUGAAGGUCAUCAUCGAAUGCUGCAUGCAAGAGAAGGUGUACAACCCAUACUACGCCUACCUUUCCUCGAAGUUCUGUCACUUCAACUACAAUUAUAAGUUCACAUUCCAAUAUAGUUUCUGGGAUCGCUUCAAGGAUAUGGAAACUUUGAGCCCAAGGGCUAUGCUCAACUUGGCGAGGCUUCUGGUGCAUUUAUUCAAUAAUCACGCGUUAUCGUUGGCUAUACUGAAAGUGGUAUCGUUCACAAAUCUCGACAUCUACUCGGUCAACUUUUUCCGGACGGUGUUCACGAAGCUACUACUUGAGAACGAUGAAGCUGCAAUCCGAGUUCUUUUCAAGCGGCUCUCGGGUAUCGCUGGUAUCGAACAUCUAAAGGAGGGCAUCAAUGUAUUUCUCUCGCACUUUGUACUCAAGGCCACGAAGGAUCCAGAGAAACGUACAACCCUGAAGAAGAGGAUUGCCUUGGUCAAAACAACCAUGCGCGAAACUACAAUAGGGUAGUUGCUGACACUAGUCCGACAUAAUCUGGAGAAUCUAAUAAAGAUACGAAUGAGCGCACAC